CAACCUAAAGCUGUGUCAGACAAGCCUCGGCAGUCCAGCAGCCAUGGCGUCUUAUUUCGAUGAGCACGACUGCGAGCCGUUGAACCCUGACCGCGAGGCCCGCAACAAUAUGUUGCUGGAGCUCGCGAGGAGAGUGCGCGGGGCUUGGAACUGGGCCCCGGGGAGCAGAUCACUCCUUAAUAGGAUGGACUUUGAAGACUUGGGAUUGGUAGACUGGGAACACCACCUGCCUCCCCCCGCUGCCAAGGCUGUGGUGGAGAGCCUCCCCAGAACAGUCAUCAGUAGCUCCAAGGCUGAGCUCAAGUGCCCUGUGUGCCUUUUGGAAUUUGAGGAGGCGGAGACGGUCAUUGAGAUGCCCUGCCGUCACCUCUUCCACUCCAGCUGCAUUCUGCCCUGGCUAAGUAAGACGAAUUCCUGCCCCCUGUGCCGCCAUGAGCUGCCCACUGAUGAUGCCAGUUACGAAGAGCACAAGAAAGAUAAGGCUCGGAAGCAGCAGCGGCAGCACCGCCUGGAGAAUCUCCAUGGAGCCAUGUACACGUGAGGCAGUGGCUAGGGCUGAGAACUCGGCCUCUGAGACAUCAUCCCUUUUGCACUUU